AUUUGUGAAUUUUUUGUGAUUUGUGUCUUGUUUUGAUUACCUUAACGUUUUCCUGUAGUAAACGUGGUAAUGCGUGGAGUGUCAAUUUUUGGAAGUAAAAGACGUAAAUUCUUCUUCUCCAGCUAAAUGUUAUAAAAUUUAAAAGUUUUUAUUAAAAUCAAACGAAUGCAUUCACGACUGACUUUGGAUCAACAGCAGCAUUUACAUCACCACUUGCAGCAUUUAAAUCCGUCAACAAAUUUUAAUCAUAUUUUGGAAAAGUGUUGUUGUAGUGCUCGUGCUAAAAGUGGUCAUCAAAACCAACGGCCUCAGCAACAUCAACAUUUACUUCAACAAACGUAUCAGGCAUUGACACCGCAUCCACAUCACCAUCAUCAUCAUCACCACCACCAUCAUUACCAACAUCACCACCAACAUCGGCAGGUACACCUGCAUCAACAGCAAUUGGUGAAUCAACAGCAGCAGCAACAACAGUUAUCUUCGCCAGUGCUGUCCGUUUCACCAUCCACUCAGCAGCAACAACAACAAACACAAUCCCCUAACAAACAAAAUUCUUUAGCCCAUCGUUUGUACCACCAGUAUCAUCAUCAGACAGUCGUUGCCAGCGUAUCUUCAAGUUGUUCUGCUGUAGCUGCAGCAUCUCCAUCAUCUCACUUGACACAUUCACCUCCUCCUAUCCCUUCAAUCCCACCCGCUACUGCUACUUCAUUUUCAUCAUCUGCAAUUUUAUCACCAAUUCCACCAACUCUAUCGGCGACAGCAUCAACAAUGUAUCGACGUCACAACAAUUUAUCAUAUUGUGGUGUUUCAAACCAAGAUGGAGGUCAAAAUUAUCAAGUUCAAUACGUGGACACUGAGUUGUAUCAUAGUAAUUCAAGUCAGUCUCAGAUGGCCUAUCCUUUUUGUCCUAUUGGAGAUUAUCAAGCUGGAGGACAAUCUUAUUAUUCCACAGCAUCAGCCACAAAUUACUCAUCAACUAUACCAUUAAAUACAUCGUCACAUGCAUCCUCAUUACCAUAUAUUGUACCUGUAGAAGAAAGUCUACUGUUAAAUACGUCCUCACAAUCUCAUAGCAGAGAUUCUCCACAUAGUUUAACGGAAGUUGCAUUUAUACAAGAUUCUCAUAGUACACCUCAAACCCCAUCAUCAUCAAAUACAAACUCCGUAAAUAUCGGAAGUGUUAAUAUACAGGGUGGAAGUAGCUCAGCUGGAGGUAAUGUCUCUCCUGAUCACGACCAUAACACUUUAGGAAAUACCAACAAAAUAGCGUCAGCGACUAUUAAGUGGCUGUCACGAAAUUACGAAACAGCAGAAGGUGUAAGUUUGCCACGAUCAACUUUGUAUAACCACUACAUACAACAUUGCAACGAGAGUAAAAUUGAACCUGUAAACGCAGCCAGUUUUGGAAAACUGAUACGAUCAGUAUUUUCGGGCCUUAGAACUCGACGACUUGGUACUCGUGGAAAUUCAAAGUAUCAUUAUUACGGAAUUCGCAUCAAACCAGAGUCAAUGCUUAAUCAAAUUCUUGACGAAAAGCCAGCAUUUCAAACUCAAAUACCAAAUACUGUUCACAUGGCUCAUAACCAGAGUCAAAAUGCAAUGACACCUUGCAGUUCAAGUCCAAUUGCAGGGACAUCUAGUGCAUUACAUUCCAGUGGAUCAAAUCCCAAUACAAGUAACAUCUUGCAUAGUAGUCGUUAUAACAAAAAACAGCAAACGUUUAAAUCGGAAACACACGAAGCUUGUGGUCAAUUUCUUGGUGAUGGUGUUGGAGCGAUACCUACAUUUCCUUCGAUUGAACUAGACAACACUUUUGAUAGUGAGCUAACUCAAGCAGAUGUCGAAACAUUUCGCUCAAUGUACCGAGAGCAUUGCGAGAGUUUUUUGGACGCUGUUUUAAACUUAGAAUUUAAUACUAUUGAAUUUAUUUGGCGAGAUUUUUGGCGUGAAAACAGUAACAUGGAUGAGUGUGCUGAAGAGGAAAAAUACUUAACUAAAACAAAAUUAUAUUUAAUGUGCCACUGUUCAGGCGUUCAGAAGUUCGUGCGUGAGAUUGACUAUCAAUUUUAUCAGAAUAUAGUUGAUGUUAUUAUACCAGAUGUGCUAAGAUCCAUUCCAAAUACUUUGACUCAAGCCAUACGCAAUUUUGCUAAAAAUAUGGAAAUUUGGUUAUGUGAAUCAAUGAUUGGAGUACCGGAGCGUAUGGUUCAAAUAAAAUCAUCAGCUGUUUCAGCGUUUUGUCAAACACUUCGUCGCUAUACAUCUCUCAAUCAUUUGGCACAAGCAGCUCGAGCAGUUCUCCAAAACAGUGGUCAAAUAACACAAAUGUUAAGCGAUUUAAAUCGCGUAGACUUUCACAAUGUUCAGGAACAAGCCGCCUGGGUGUGUCAAUGUGAACCAGCAAUUGUGCAGCGAUUAGAAAACGAUUUUAAAUCUGCAUUGCAACAACAGAGUUCUUUGGAGCAGUGGGCUGCCUGGUUACAGGUCGUUGUAGAAUCAGCUUUACAAGAUUAUUGCGGAAAACCUGGAUAUGCAAAAGCAGCUCGGCAAUUUCUCCUGAAAUGGAGUUUUUAUAGUUCAAUGAUAAUUCGGGAUUUGACAUUGCGAUCGGCAUCGAGCUUUGGUAGUUUUCACCUUAUUCGUCUACUCUAUGAUGAAUAUAUGUUUUAUUUGGUGGAACAUAAAAUCGCAGAAGCGCAUCAGAAAACUGCCAUUGCAGUUAUUUGUGAUUUAAAGCAGAAGGAAAUGGAAUUCGAUUUUGGCUAUCAAUUAGAAUACAUUGCUGCUGAUAAUGUUGUCAAUGAGCGCGGACCUAAACGCAUGAAACACGAAUGAGUCAAACAUACUCGUAGUAUGUACAACAGGUCCUAGAAAACGUAAACCACCAAAAUAAUUUGUUUUCGUACAAAUCAUAUACAUAGAUAUGUAGACAUAGUAACUUAAGAAAAUAAAAUUGUAAACGUAUAUUCCAUAUAUUACAUACACAUCGACUAACGUACGAUCAUUAACAUUAAACGAUUAUUGAUAUAUAUUUUUCAUAAAAUAUCAUUGAUGGUAUUGGAGAGAAAAAUGGAAAACAUAUUGCAAAAUAGGUAAAAUAUUUUAAGUGCAAAAAAAGCCUAAGUAUAAUACAGCUUAAGUCACCUUAAAAUAUACAAUUUAUUUGACAAACUAUAAUGUACUUAAGUUAAGUUUCUUCGUUUUUCCUUAAGCAUUUGACCAACUUUUCUCGGUGUUGACAUUCCCUUACGUAAGCUUAUGCACAUUGCAGUUGGGCCUUAAUGCAUGAGAUUGUAGAAAAUUUUAAUAUUUGUGUGCAAAAUAUAUGUAGAGGCCUUUUAGCCUUUCGAACAAAAAGUUGGAGAAAUGUCUUGUUGAAAAAGUUUAAAAUAUAUAAUAAAUUAUGUAUGUUUGUUUAUUCACGUGUUAUUCUAGAUUUUGAAAUAUCAAAUCGGCCAAAUAUUUAAUUUUUAGAAUCAAAAUUCUGAAAAAAUGGCAUAUUAGAAUAAAAAAGGUUUUAAUUUGUCAAUUAAAAAAAUAACAUUAAACAAUGUCACACAUACAUACAUAUGUUAAAUCCCUAAAAUAUUGUUUUCUCAUAAUUAUUAAGUGUAUUAAAAUUGCUGUUGAAAAAUAGUUUUGUUUUAAAAUAUUAUCUAAAAUUGUACUUACUUCAAAUAUUCAGUUCCCAAGUUUUGCAAGUGCCAAGUUUUUCGUAUCUCAUGUUUACUUCAAUAGAAUGUUAAGAAAAGUAUUUCAUCGAUAGUAUUUGAUCGGGUAUAGGAUACAUAUUAAUAAUACAAUAUUAAUACACAAUAUACAAUAUUAAUAAUAAAUUUUAGAAAUUUAAAUUUUGUAUAUACAUAUAUCGAAAGAAAAUAGUAAUAAGCCGUCCAAUAAUAACGUCGAAGUCGUUUCACGAUUUUCAAACCUUUUGCGUUUUAUAAGAUGCAAGUUAUACACCACGCGUUUCGUUUUUUUAUUUUAAAGCUAUAAUAGUUUUUAAAAUCAAAAUAUUAAGUUUUAAGUUUCACCAACAUUGAAAGAAAAAUAUGAAAAAAAAUUUUGAAAAACAGUGUCCUAAGAAUAUAAUUAAAUUAUCCCUAGAUGAGAUGCACAUAUUUUUAUGGAAUGUGCCAACUCUAAUUGUAGUACUUUGACAGUUAAGUCUACCUCAAAUAAAAAAAUGAGUGAUCUGCUGUUGAAUUGAAUUCACCUUGCGAGUGCACCCUGGCAACGAACUGUAACUGAUAGCGCUUGUUUACUGUAUGUAUUUAAAUAAAAACGGACACAAUCAAUACGUCAAAAUUGUGCAUGAAGUACAAAUGUUCAAAAAACAUCCAAAUUUGGCGUAUGUAAAACAAGAGAAAAUAACAAAAACAAAACUGUCAAAAUUAUUGUUUGACUUUUUUUGUUGCGUUUAAUUGUGAUUUCUGUGUGUGAAAAACACCAUUUUUUAAUGUUAUAUGUUUUAUAUCGUCACCUGAAAUGCAAAAGGGCGUAACAACACUUGAAAAGUUUACAGGAGAGACAAAAAAACUAAAUAAAAUGAUAACUAUUUUGCUAUAAAAACGAAAUUUUUUUACAAGAUUUAUAUUCGAACA